AGACUGAACACUGGACGCGGAGAGCUCUCGAUCGACAGCCGAGUGCAUCAUAAUAGAAAUCAGGAUAAUGUAUUCACGCACUUCUCUAGUACUCUGAAGCAUCGCAUCGCAUCGCAUCGCAUCACAUCACUCACUGAUUGACUGAUGCGCAUGUUAUUGUGAUCGAGGUGGAAUCAUUGGAACCCUAGCUAGCGAUUGCUUGAUAGCGACUCGAACGAAUGCUGCACGAUAUGGACCUCCCUUGCCCGAAGAGCAGCUGAGUUACAUGUAUCGGCUUCUCGCGCGACGAUUCCGGUGACAAAACUGGGGCUAACCCGGACUUUCAUAAACCGUACUUCCUCAUGUCGAAAAGGUCGUCGAUCGUAUUGCUCUGCCUCUGCCUUCUAUUCGCCGCGGCAAAUCAUGGAAAUGCGAGCAGCUUUCUCCGCAAUGGAGAACAAGGCUCUUCCGCCUCCGGAAAGAUCGACAGAUCGCACGAGCUGGAAAAAUCAGUAGCAUCUGUGAUUCUAAGGAUUGGAUCUGGAAUAUAUGGGAUCGAAGAAGACAUCCAGUACCUAAUCACAGGCGAAGCUGCACCAUCUCCCGAGUCACCUUCGGAUCCAUCGCCGGAGCCUCCAGAACCUCCCAGUCCCUCUCCACCUCCUCCACCAGCUCCAUCUCCUCCUCCUCCAAGCCCUUCACCACCUCCUCCAAGUCCUCCACCAUCUCCAUCUCCUCCUCCUCCAAGCCCUUCACCACCUCCUCCAAGUCCUCCACCAUCUCCAUCUCCUCCUCCUCCAAGCCCUUCACCACCUCCUCCAAGUCCUCCACCAUCUCCAUCUCCUCCUCCUCCAAGCCCUUCACCACCUCCUCCAAGCCCUCCACCGCCAUCUCCUACUCCUCCGAGCCCUUCACCCCCUCCUCCAAGUCCUCCACCAUCUCCUCCUCCUCCUAGUCCUUCACCCCCGCCCCCAAGUCCUCCACCACCGCCAUCUCCUCCUCCUCCAAGUCCUCCACCAUCUCCUCCUCCUCCAAGCCCUUCACCCCCUCCUCCGAGUCCUCCCCCUCCAAGUCCUUCGCCUCCUCCUCCAUCGCCUCCCCCUCCGAGUCCUUCACCCCCUCCCCCAAGUCCUUCGCCUCCUCCUCCAUCGCCUCCCCCUCCUAGUCCUUCGCCCCCUCCCCCAAGCCCACCACCUCCUCCGCCAAGUCCUCCUCCUCCAAGUCCUUCCCCCCCUCCCCCAAGUCCUCCCCCUCCUAGUCCUCCACCUCCUCCAUCUCCUCCGCCGCCUAGUCCCUCACCCCCUCCGCCAAGUCCUCCCCCUCCAAGUCCUCCACCUCCUCCGCCAAGUCCUCCCCCUCCAAGUCCUCCACCUCCUCCGCCAAGUCCUCCCCCUCCAAGUCCCUCGCCCCCUCCCCCAAGUCCGCCACCUCCGCCAAGUCCUCCUCCUCCAAGUCCUUCACCUCCUCCUCCAAGCCCCCCACCUCCACCUGCACCUCCUCUGCCUCCACCUCCAGAACCGUCUGUGCAGUGGCUAUCCGUGAAGGUUGUGACCAAAUCGAGAUUCGUGACGCUGACAGUUCGUGACUCUGCCAUGAUCUCCGGCAAGUGGCACAUAUGCGGCAGCGAGGAUCAGGAAAUAGCCAGCCCCGAUGGUAUGACCAGCACAUUCUUCAAUCCUGUCACCGUUUGUGCCCAUCCAGGUCCUGGAUUUUGGCCUUUUUAUUGGCCAUCUGAGAUCGAAGGGAGCUUCAGUCUCUACGAUGGUGCCAAUUCUCAGGUCGCACAGGUUUCGUUCUACGGACCUCGAGCCCAAUCGUUGUUCUACUCAUCAUCGUUCCAGGCAAGCACUACGACUGUAGAUUAUUCACUGCUUUCUCGUAGGACCGACCCGAAUGAAAAGUAUUCCUGGGUAUUAGGAGAUUACGAGGUAGAAAUAGAUGUAAAUCGCAACUUCUUCUGAAGUUUUGAAUGUUAGGGAACGAUGCCGAAUCCAAGUACAUGUUAUCAAAAUCUCAGUGACGAUGGCAAUUCAUUUUGAGAAAGCCUUUGUUUACAAGCCAAUACGGUUUCGGCUUCUCGCUC